UUUUUUUCUAUCAGAAUCAGCUCUCUAUUUAAAUGUCAUCACUUCCAUAUGAGUAUUUUGACAGUCAAUAAUCGUUCAAGUUUUAAACAUUUAAUUAAUCUGAUUUACGAUAAUUGGAAGAAUUUUUUAGGGCUUACCAGAAAUUGUCGCCUAUUAUGAGUUUAAAGUAAAAAAUUAUAUUAGUUUAGAUUUCCUAUAAAUUAACAUUUUAGAAUAGCUUAGAUUAAUCAAAUAAUUUUAUAUCCCAAUCAGCUGCUCGUAUCAUACUUUUAUGAGGGAAAUAAUAACCAUAAAUAUCCAGUUAUUUAUGGCUAAUAAUAAUUUAAAAGAGCUUUACCCCUUCCAAAAGAUAUACAGGAGAAAUAAAGAUUAGAUGUUGUUGCAAUCAAAUCAGUAUUUUAAGCUUUGAUUGAGAUGUUUCAUUGGAGCGCAAAUUUUGGGUAUAUAAAUAUAAAUAUUACAUAAGUUUAUUUUUUGAUCCAAAUUAUGAAAAUCUUCUGUAUAAAGAAUGUGAGGGUGAUUUUUAUUUAUUUAUUCCCAGUUUUAUGCAUAUUGCUUAACAAAUAAAUAAACAAAAUGAAUAUAAAAUAAGAUUGUUUGAUGAGUUCAGAAUUAAAAUUUACUAAAAUUUAGUAAGAAUAUAUAAAUAUAUAGACUUUUAUUUUUUUUCUUAGAUUCAUUAAAGAAUUCUUUGAUUUAAUUAAGUAAUAAGAUGAAGAUAUCAAUUUAUAUAAAAAAAUCAAAGAUAAAUAUAAUUAUUCUGAAGAUAUUGAUAAAAUAGAUCCUUAUCAAAUUGCAGAAACUUGUUAAGGAGUUGAUUUUAUUUAUUCUGAAGAUUUAGUUAAAAAGAAAAUGAUUAGAUAUGGUUUAAAACAAUCCUAAUUUUUAUAUUAAAUAAACAAAAAUGAAAUUUUAAAAGCAACGCUUUACAAAUACCAUGAAAACGAAUAAAAUUUUUUGAAUUAAAAUAUGAAACCUGAUGAUUUUAAAGAUAUUACAUUAACUUCCAACGUUAUAAAUUUUUUUAAAUAAUUUAAAACCAAACCAAUUCAAGGUACUAGUUAUGAUAUUAAAACACCAUUUAUCAAGACCUUAUUUAAAGAAAAAGACAAUACUUAAAUUCUAAUAAGAAGAAAUUGGAAAUAAAUAAAUACUAAACAUGAAUUAGAUUUAAUAGAUUAGAAUAAAUAAUAAGACUAAUCUUUAUAAAACAAGCAACAAAUUUCAUAAAAUCAAGAUCAAGUUACUUCUUAAAUGUUUGAUGUUAAAUGGAGUUCUUGGAUUAAUCCUUAAAAUCUAAUAUACAUGUCUAUAUCUUAAUCAGGAGCACUGGUUGAUAAGGAUCUUAAGAAAUUUACAAUUACAUAUAAAAUUGAAAUGUUAGAGGAUAAGAAUUGUUAUUUGGUAAAAACAUAAGUUCCAGAAAUACUAUUUGGACUUGACACUGCUGAUGAUAUUGCAUAUUUUGUUAAUUCAAUACAAAAAGAAAAAAUGCCUACGAAUGUUUAUGUAGAUGAUACCAGAAAAUUGACAUUUUACACAGCUUUAGUUUCUGUAAAUUUUUUUUAAAUUUAUUUAAAGGGAAAUCCCGGACCUAUUCUAUGGGACAUUUUAAAAAUCAUGGACAUCCAUUAAAUCUACUUUUAUAUAAGUCUAGAUUUUUAUAAUAAAAAUAUUUUCUUAGGAAAAUAGAUAAAAGAGGUAAAAUAUAGUAGUUUUCUAACAGAGUUGAAAAACAUUCUUAAAGAUUAUGAAUAUGAUUCAAAACUAAUUUAUGCUAAUUUUUUAAAUCAAAAAUUAGGAGAGGAAGGAUUUUGAGUUGAUGGAUAUCUCAUUUAUCUACUAAAAAAAUAAUUCGAG